CUCAUAAAUAACAACACUAGUCUCCUCUUCUUAAAUUUUCUCAUUCCACCCUUCAUCCACUUCUUCUUGUUCUCUGUUUGGCAAGGCAACAUUUAUACUCAUAGUCAUAGAUAUCACAUACUCAAAGUAGCAUCCAACUUGUUUUUUUACCAUAUCAGUGUGGUUUGAAAUGGAGAACAAUCAAUCCUUUUGGCAAUUCAGUGACCAGCUGCGGUUACAGACACCCAAUUUGGCGAACCUCUCUCUAAACGAUUCGAUUUGGAGCAAUAAUUACAUAUCCAAGAGGCGUGAUGAAAGGAUCAAUUUUGACAUCAAAGUGGGUGGUGAAAUCAACUCUUUCAAGUCCAGAGAGCCUGCUUCUUCUGACUACAACGAUAACAUGAUGAAUGGUGGAUCUCUUCUUGCCAUGCCUUACAACAACAGCAACAACAAUGUUUUGGGUCUCAAUGGAGGGUUCAACAAGGGAAUUUAUUCUAAGCCUGCUUUUGGCAACCUUAACAACAAUAUUAACCUCAAUAUCAAUCCUAAGGGACACAAGGGCAAGGGUGAAGAUGACCUUCUUCACCCUCCCAAAUCUUCCAAGAAAAACAACAACCCCAACAAGAAACAUGGAGACAACAAUAACAACAACAACAACAAUGAUAGCAACAGGGAUGCCAAGGCUGCUUCAGACAAGAGGUUCAAAACGCUUCCACCAUCCGAGUCUCUUCCUAGAAAUGAAACCAUUGGAGGCUAUAUUUUUGUUUGCAACAAUGAUACCAUGGCUGAGAAUCUCAAGAGACAACUCUUUGGUCUGCCUCCACGAUACAGAGAUUCCGUUCGGGCUAUUACUCCAGGACUGCCCCUUUUCCUUUACAACUAUUCCACUCACCAACUCCAUGGAAUCUUUGAGGCUGCAAGUUUUGGAGGAACAAAUAUUGAUCCAUCGGCUUGGGAGGAUAAGAAGUGCCCUGGUGAAUCUCGUUUCCCUGCUCAGGUUCGAGUGAUUACUAGGAAAACAUGUGAGCCACUGGAGGAGGAUUCAUUCAGGCCAAUUCUUCACCAUUAUGAUGGUCCCAAGUUUCGUCUUGAGCUAAACGUGCCCGAGGCGUUAUCUCUGCUGGAUAUUUUUGCCGAGCAAGAUACUUUCAACGACACUUUCAAGGCUUUGUCUGCAUAGAAGGACGACAUAAACAACAAAUAAUACAGAGAACAUUACCUCACAGAGACAAUAGAUAUUUAGAGAUUUGGGUUUGGUUUGAAAGUUAUGUAUGGACUUAAGAAGAGAGUCCAAAAGAUAAAACAAAAUGAAUACCGCGAAGAAAGCUUGGAUAUUCAACACCCUAUAUAUGUAUUACUAGUACUUUUGUAUAGAGGAUGGUCCAUUUUCUUGUUUAUGGUAAUAUACACUGUCAUCAUACUAUCUAUUAAGAGAAUAGAAUAAGAAUGAACUAUUUUUGCAUAUGGGUUCUUGUACAAAACUACAAUUUGGCGACAAAUGGAAGCCUAUAUGUUGUAGCUUGUGUUGUGUUGAGAAGGAACUGAAUAGUGGAUAAGUCUCCAGCCAUGGGGUUUCAUUGCAUUA